AAUAAUAACCGUCGUCCGUCCCCACUCCCUGACCGACUGUCCAUCAUUGUCGUUUUGUCCGGCGUCGUUCAGCGUUUUAACUGCAUCGUCUUGUUUUUUACUGUCUGCGAACCGGUUAAUGCUGAUGUAAACGUUCCAUAUUAUUAUUAUUAUUCAUUUGUGAACACUGCGAAGGUCAAUUCGCUCAACAUGUCGUCAAUAAUGUUCAAUUCACCAGUGACUAAAGACGAGUGAGUAUAGCCCUUUUAAUAGUUGAACGAAUUGUUAAGACAUUCAUUCGUCUGUUGUUGUUUCCUGUGCGCCGAAAAUAUUUACCGCCGAAGUCUUAACGUUUUCAACGCGAACAGUCGUCACCACAUAACGCGAGCUGUGCGUCGGAGAAAAAGAUCUCGUACUUUUUCUGUUCGCGUUAUGUUCUAAUGACAGAUACCACCCAUGUAUAUGUACGCGUGUGUUAUUACGCUGUGCGCUUGAUCAGUACGACCUAAUAGUAAAGUUAUCUUCAACUUGUUCCGUAUAUUAUAUAUUAUCGGUAUCCAGAUAUUACAUAAUGUCUUCGCGGCGUGAUAGAUCGGCGAUACGUAGACGUCUUUUUGCGUCGCGGGAAAAUUACCGGAAUAUCCCGUCAUCUUCUGAUUUUAUUAAAAGAUUGGAUUCUACUAAUUGUCCAGGUACUGACCAGAUAAAUUUAAUUUUGGAUGAAGUAUACGCAUAUUCAAAAAAAAACAUCCUUAAAGUAAAAAAGAAUCUAGAUAUAAUUUAUGGUGCUCAUUCAGAUGAGAAUAAAAAUGGCUUAAAUCAAUUACAUGAACACCUUAUGAGUCAAAUAACUGUAUUUUUUGAUGACGUCGUUUUAGAAUCUGAUAAAGAUAAAAAAAACAUUAUUAAAGAAAUCGAAGAAUUAUUAAUUGAAAAAAAUAUUUUAGAAAAGGAACUACAAAUGAAAAUUCCCAUUGAUGACCAUAAUGAUGUCCCAUUGAUUGAUGUUCAAAUCAAUAUUGAUAAAGCCCUGUUAGGAUGCAGAAAACUGAAAGAAGAACGUAUGGCUGAACUUUAUAAAUUGCAGGAUGAAGAAAAACAUUUGUGUCAAUUACUCGAUGAAAAACCAAAAUAUUCUGGAAUAAAAGAAAUGCCAUCUGCAACACAGUUGGAAACUAUUAAAAAUCAUCUUAUUGAUUUGAAAAAUACUCAAAUUAAACGCCAAACUAUAUAUUUAGAAAACAAAGCCAAAAUUAAAUCAUUAUUUGUCGAACUAGAUGAGGUACCGAUUUUACAAUUUGAUAAAAUGGUUUUGGGUGAUCCAAGCGAAUUUCGACUGUCAAAAUCAAAUUUAGAAGAACUUCAAAAAUUGAUUAAACGCUUAGAAUUACAAUCUGAGAAUCAAUCACAAAUAUCUAUGGAGCUGAGAACUAAAUUAAAUUCAUUAUGGGACCGUUUGCAAAUUGAUGUAACUCAUAGAGAACAUUUUGUUUGUAACAAAAAAGGAAUUGGCAAAAAAGUUAUUCAAGAGUUAAAACUUGAAAUUGAAAGAUGUGAAACAUUAAAAAGAGAAAAUAUAAAACAAUUCAUUGAAAAAUUACGUGAUGAAUUAAAUGAUUUGUGGGACAGAUGUCAUUUUGGUGAGCGUCAAAGAAGACAAUGUCAUAUUUAUUACAACUCUGAGUUUAAUGAAGAUGUAAUGGAUUUAUUAGACAUUGAAGUAGAAAAUACAAAAAAGUUUUAUCAAGAAAACAUUGCGAUAUACAAUUUAAUUGAGGAUAGAAAACAUUUAUGGAAUAAGAUGAUUAUUAUGCAAGAACAAGCUAAUGACCCUGGUAGAUUAUGGCAAAACAGAGGUGGUCAGUUAUUAAAAGAAGAAAAAGAAAGAAAAGUGAUCCAAAAAGAAUUGCCCAAAAUUGAAAAAGAACUAAAAAAUCUCUUACAUAUUUAUGAACAAAAUGAAGGUAAACCCUUCAUAUAUAAUGAUGAGAGAUUAUUAGACCUUAUAGAAAGACAAUGGGAAGAUAUGAGAAGCAAUAAAAAAACUAUUCAAACCAAAUCUAAAAUACAAACUGGAAUCAGAGCUCAAACCCCUCAAAUGGCCACUCGCAGUAAGAGGAAGAUUGCUCCUUCGUCUUCCUCUCAAGUUUCUAAGGUCCGUAAAAUCGGCAUGGACCAUAAACCUUUGAUUAUUCAAAGAAAACAAUUGUUUAACCCAAAUAUAGCAACAUUAGUACCAUUAAAUUCUACAAAACUAAAUGAAAUUACUCAAACAUCAACUAGAAAUUUCACAAAAUAUCAUGGAUCCAAUGAUGAUAAUGGUUCAGUUGAAUCUUAUUCAACAUUCCAGGAGCAUCUUGAAUCUAAAAAGCAAAUGUUAUUUUCUAGUCCACCAACCAAAAAAGUUUUAAGAGAACAAAAUAAUACCCGUAAUGCCUUUACCACACCCAGAAAAAAUUUGGUAAAAACACCUGUUAAAGGAUCUCAAAUUCCAAUACCAACCACACCUAGAACACCAUUAUGUACAACACCUAGAAUGACACCCAAUACACGAACAGUUAGCAAACUUACACGAACUUUAAAUAACAAACUGCCAAUUAUUUUUUAACCUUUCGCGAUUUGUUAUAUAAAGUUCGUGUAAUGUAAUCAUUUUUUAACCUUUAUAAUUUUAUUAUCAUUAACUAUUGCAUUUCUUUUUAAAAAAUCAUGUAACUUCUUUAUUUAAUGUUUAUCUUGUUAAAAUUUUUAUUGUGUCAGUAUUAUAAGAAACAUCAAAUUCUUGAUUUAUAAAAAUAAGCUCUUAAAUA